CUUUAGAUAUCAUAACAAAACCAUACGUCAUCAUUCCGUGAUACGAAGCGCAGUCCCUGCAAUAAUGGCUUCGUUGGUAAAUGUUUUGCUGCGAAAAUCCGCCCAUUUAAACCCCUCUAAAGGGCUUUUAAAGAAUUUACCAGCAAUUUACAAUGUGAAUCAAGACCGCAAAGGCCAUAGAUGGCACCCAGAUCCAGAUUUCAUCAAGCAGUUUGAGGGACCGGUGAUGUUCCAUGAAGAACUCGGAAGGGAACUGGCUCACCCACCAUAUUCUGGUGUGGUGACACCAACGGAGAAGCAAGUCAAGAACAUGAUCAUCAACUUUGGGCCGCAGCACCCGGCCGCUCACGGGGUGUUGCGUCUCGUCUUAGAAUUGGACGGAGAGACAGUCCGCGGCGCAGACCCCCACAUAGGUCUACUGCACCGCGGCACAGAGAAGCUAAUCGAAUACAAGACGUACACGCAAGCGCUGCCAUACUUCGACCGUCUCGACUACGUUUCCAUGAUGUGCAACGAACAGUGCUACAGCUUGGCCGUGGAGAAACUGCUCAAUAUCGACAUACCGCUGCGCGCGAAGUACAUCAGGACUCUCUUCGCCGAGAUCACGCGUAUCUUGAACCACAUCAUGGCUGUCGGUUGUCACGCGUUGGACGUCGGUGCGCUGACUCCCUUCUUCUGGCUCUUCGAGGAGAGAGAGAAGAUGAUGGAGUUCUAUGAGCGAGUGAGCGGCGCUAGAAUGCACUCCGCUUAUGUUCGGCCUGGUGGUGUUUCGUUGGACAUGCCGCUAGGUCUGAUGGACGACAUUUACGAGUUCGCGAGCAAGUUCGGCGAGCGGCUCGACGAGGUCGAGGACGUUCUGACAACGAACAGGAUCUGGGUGCAGAGGACCAAGGAUAUCGGUAUCGUGUCCGCUCAGGACGCGCUUAAUUACGGUUUCAGCGGGGUAAUGCUCCGGGGCUCCGGCAUCAAGUGGGACCUGCGCAAGACGCAGCCCUACGACGCGUACCACCUGGUCGACUUCGAUGUGCCCAUCGGCACCAACGGCGACUGUUACGACAGAUACUUGAUACGCGUGGAGGAAAUGCGUCAAUCCCUCCGGAUAAUCGAGCAGUGCCUCAACCAAAUGCCGGCCGGCGAGGUGAAGACGGACGACGCCAAGCUGACCCCCCCUUCCAGGGAGGAAAUGAAGACGUCGAUGGAAGCCCUGAUCCACCACUUCAAGCUGUUCACACAGGGUUAUCAAGUGCCACCUGGAUCGACCUACACCGCCAUUGAGGCGCCGAAGGGCGAGUUCGGGGUCUACCUGGUCUCCGAUGGCAGUUCCAAGCCUUAUAGGUGCAAGAUCAAGGCGCCCGGCUUCGCUCACCUCGCGGCUCUAGAGAAAGUCGGCAAAAACCUCAUGUUGGCCGACAUUGUUGCGAUUAUCGGAACUCUUGAUGUUGUAUUCGGCGAAAUUGACCGAUAAACACCGUGCCGGUCGAAAUUGGGCCGGUAAUAGUGGCUGAAGAUGUAAGCAAAAGUGAUUAGAGAUCGUAAAAAUAAGAUGCCCAAAUUUCAUUAAUAGGGAGGUUGAAAAUCUUGAAAUUUCACUUUAGAUCUGCAUUGCCUUGUAAUCUCAUAUUAAUAUAUAUACAUGUUUUAAAGUUGAAACUGUAUGAAAAUAUAAAUUUAUCUAAAUAUAUAGAAAUGUGUCUAAAAUUUUUGUUUACAUUUUUGCUACUUGUAUCUCAACAUACGUUUUUGUUAAAGUUUAUAAGAUCAAUGACUCUGAUAAUAGAAAAAUAAAUCAAUGUAGAUUGUACAUUAUUAAGUUUAAGUAAUAAAUUAUUAAGCAAACACUUGUUUAAUGAUAUUGUUUUAUUUCCCGUAGAAUAAAAUUAUGUUUUAA